GAGACACAAAUGCUAUUUCAAUUGUUUUUCAGAAACAGAAGGAAUCCAACUGGAAAUUUGUGGAAGAACUCCUUAAAAAAUCCACUGAUGCUCAAACUAGUGUGUUAGAGGAACAUUUAAGAAUGCAUCUUCAGUGCUGUUUGACUUUGUGUAGUUUCUGGGAUUUGAACCUAUCUAUUGUCACCAUACUCUGGGAUUAUUACAGCAAGAAUCUGAACAGUGGCUUUACUGUUCCUUGGCUUGGUCUGAAGGAUCUGGCAAACAUUAGUAAGACUUCUUUGUCAAUGCUUGAGUUGGUGAAAGGUUGCUGCUGCGAACAGCAGAUCCCUUCUCUGUACAAGUCCAGCAACAGUUACUUCAUUUUUCUCUGCAUUUUGGCACGGAUGAUGAAAGAAGAAAACAGUGGCAUGCACCCUUGGAAACAAAUUAAAGGACGAAUUUAUUCCAAGUUCCAUCGCAGAAGAAUGCAGGAGCUGACAGAAUUGGGACUGCAGAACUUUUUUAACCUGUUCCUCAUGCUAGCAAUUGUUGCGGAGACAGAAGAUAUAGUGAGUCGAGUGUUGGAUCUUUUGGACUUCCUGGCUCCAUCCUCCAUCACUGUGUCUCAGAGAGCUCUCAUCUGGAGAGGUCAUUUUGCUUUCCUUUUGAUUUAUGUUGAAAAGAACAUGGACAUUAGCGUCCUAGCUGAGAAAAUCUCAAGUGCUUUCCGUGAGAAGGCAAAGGAGUUUUUAGUAAACAAAAACGACUACACACAGAGACACAAUCUCUGGACUCUACUUUCGACCUACAUUGAUGGUGUCCAGGAAGUGUUUGAGACUAGCUGCUACUUGAGCCUUUCUGAGGAAAAGUUGCUAAAUGAUGGCUUUACUAUGCUGCUGCCUGCUUGUCGAGGAGCUGAGCUGAGCAUGGUCCUGAAUUUUCUUCAGGUUGUACUAGCCAGACUUCGGAGUGUGCACGAACGUGUAAGCCAGGGACUUCAGCUAGGGAACACAGUCCCAGACGCACAGCUUCCAUUAGUGGCUAAAGAGCACCACCUUGCUGUCGCCAGUGCUCUCUGGAGAAAUUUCUUUCCCUACUUGAAGAGCCAGAGAAUGUCACAGAUGCCGCCUUCCCCUCAGCUUGCUGAUACAGCUGCAGGUUUUACUCUCUUAGCUUUGGAUAUACCCAGCAAAGCCCUAUCAGACCUCCAGCCACAGCCUGUUCUAUCAAUGAUGCAGCUGUUUGGAUGGGACGACAUGGUGUGGCCUCAACUGGUGGCAAGAUAUCUAAGUCAUCUUAUUCAAAACAGUUCACUGCGUGAAGCUUUUUCUAGUAUGGGAUAUACAUCCUAUGAAGCUCUGACAGUACGUUCUUGGUUUCGAUGCGUUUUGCAAAUGUUCAUAGAUCAACCAAGUGGUGUUCUGGCCAAGACAGAUGCUGAGCGAACAGUUGGGAAAGCCUAUAUGGAGCAGCUGACUGAAAUGACAAGACUGAUUUUUAAACUCUCAGAAGUAGAAAACAUUCUUUCAAAGGCUCAUGUUGAAGAAUCAGUUUUCAAGCAAGACCCAAAAUAUGCUCUGGUCCAGUUCAUUAAGGCUGUUGGUAGAACUUACAGUGGCCUUCAGACACUCCCUGAGAAAUCUGCCAUGGUAGCAAAGACUCAGGAGUAUUUAGGUGAUGUAUUAAAGUAUGUAAAACCUUAUCUGAAAGCAAAAGGACCUCCAGAAGGUCUGCAGCUCACAUAUUGGAUCAUAGGAUGUCUGGUAAAGUUCUGGGCACCAAUACUGGCUACUUCCAAGGCACAGCAACUCUUGUUUCGCAUUGUGGAUUGCUUAUUGCUGCCACACUCUGUGCUCCAGCAGGACAAAGAGCUGCCUGUGGCUUUGCUGUCUGCCAUUCAGGAAAGCCUGCCUCUUUAUCUUCAGGGCCUGUCCUUCAUAUGUUGUCAGUCUCAAACACAGGGUGCCUAUUUAAAUCAACUCCUUGGGAGCAUUAUUCGACACUAUUUUGGACGAUUCCUCCCUUCUUCUCCGACAGUGCUUGGUACUGGACAGCAUCCUAUGCUGACUGCCUUAUGCAGUUCCAUUACAGCCCCACAGAUGCUCCGUCUACGGAAGACCACUUUGCAUGUCGUAAAGGAAAACUACAUGCAGUUCAAAGGCAAUGCUCCACCUCCUCGCUUGGCCUCCAUUCUUGCUUUCAUUCUUGAAGUACUUCAGAGAACCAAGAGCGUUGAACUGUGUGACAUUGAAUUAGUUCUCCCAUCUGUGUUGAAAUGCAUGGUAUUGGUUAACGAGCUACAAGUUAAAAAAAUAUCUACAGACAUUGUACAGAACAUGGUAGAAGGCUGCCAAGCAGGGUCAGGAGGAGAACACGCCACCCAGCUGACUUCUGUAUUUAGGCAGUUUAUCCAGGACUAUACCGCUGUCUAUGAUCACCGGGUUUUCAGCAUACUAGAAACAGUGGCAGUCUUGGAUCAGAUGUUAGUUACCAGCCUGAUUCCCACAAUCACACAGUCUCUGAAGGAUCUGGAGUACAAACAAGGUCUUGGAAGAAAUGCUGCACAGAGAGAAGCCUAUAAAAGACUCUUAUCUUACCUCGCAGAGGCUGGACAAAAUGAGAUACAAAAACUGGAAAAUGAGACAGAUUAGCAGUGUGCUAGUGAUUAAUUCUUUCCUCUCGGAUGUUGUGACACUGUCAGUACCUAAAACUAUACAACACAGCAGACAAGUUUUUUAUCUUACAAUGGAAAGACAUUUAUCACUUUUGUGUUUUUUUUUUCCCCCAAUUUAUGUAUUAAUUUUAAAAAUUUUGGUGGUAUUUAAUAUUGUCAUGCAUCUGAAGAUUAACUCAGUAUACUGAUGGAUGGCAAAUGAAAGAUACAGUAAUUUAUUACAUAUUUAAAUGUCUAUAUGAACAGAGCCUGUAUUGCAACAUACAAGACAGGAUUUGAAAGAAUUAAUUUCACAACUCAGUUCACAUUGAGGCCUGUCCCUCUUAACAGUGUACUUUUGAAAAUCUUAUUCAGUCUGUCCAUAAGAAAAACUUAACUUUGUACUUUCUAAUUUAUUAUUUUAGCAAAAUAAGAAAAACCUAUGCUCUCUAGUACAGAACUUGUUGAAUGCAUUGUAUUCACUAGGAGUUGUGCCAGUAUGAUGGAGCUGGUGUUGUUAAGAGAGAUCUUGUGUUUAUGUUGCACAGAAUGUAAAUAGUUGCCCUAAUCUUCCACCUGUAUUAAAACAUUAAAGUCUUUCAGAUUCCAGUGUAAAAUCUCUCUGUUGUCUUUGUGGGUAAUAUAAGAAAAGAUAGGUUCACAUUUCCCGUUCUCUCCCUUUUCAAUGAUAUGUUCUUAAAAUUAACCCAUAAUUUCCAGGGAUCCUAUGAUCUUUUCAUUAGCCGUGACACUGUUAAUUAUCCACUUAAGUUAGGCUAAGUGUGAGGGAAAAAGAAGAGAGAAUAAACUUCUAAUGGAAAUAAUCAUCAUUUGAUCAUAGGCUAAUCAUUAUUC